AUGAAACAUAUAUCAUUAUUUGAUGUUAAAUUAAAAUCCCAACAUAAAAAUACUUUAUUAAUUAAAGGUAAUGAGUUUGAAAUUGAAAAUAUUCCGUUUGAAGGUUCUGUUAAAUUAUCAUUAAAUGAAGAUAUUGAUAUUAAAAAAAUUACAUUAUCAUUAAUUGGGGAAUUUAGUUAUGAAUAUUCUCAUAAAAUUACGCAUGAACAAUUUCUAGAUAGAUUAUGUGUUUUAAAAAUUGAUUGGAAUAAUUUAUUAUGUUCAGAUCAAGGUAAUAUAACAUUAGGAAAUUAUGGAGAUCCAAUUAUACCAAUGUAUAAAUUAAAAAAGAAAAAUGUUUCUGGAACUUCAACUCCAACUGAGAGACCACAUAAUUAUAGAACAAAAUCAACUCCAUUAUUUAAAGAUAAGGAAACUUGUAAGAUUUUAAUUCCAAAAUCUGGUAUUGAUGGAACUCCAUUUAAAAAUUUAGAUCAAUCUACAAAUCAUUCUUUUUUAUUACCUAAGGGGAAUUAUAGUUUACCUUUUAAAGUUUAUUUACCUUCUAAUAUUGGUGAAACUAUUGAAGGUUUACCAAUUGGUACAUUAUUAUAUAAAUUACAAUGUAAUAUAGAAAGAGGUAGAUUUGAGAAGAAAAUAUCAGUUAAUAAACAUAUUAGAGUAGUGAGAACAUUACAUCCACAAAAUUUAAAUUUAACAGAUUCUAUAGAUGUUGAUAAUACUUGGGUUGGUAAAUUACAAUAUAAAGUAAGCAUGUUAAAAAAAGGAGUUGCCAUAGGUUCAAAUAUUCCAAUUAAUAUUAUAAUUAUUCCAAUAGCAAAAGGUUUAAGUUUAAAAGCAAUGAAUGCAUGUAUUGUUGAACAUUAUCAUAUUGAUGUAAAUGGUGAAAGAUCUCCUGAAUAUGAAAGAUUAAUUGGAAAACAAGAACUAUCAAUUCCUGAUGAAGAUUUACCUUAUGACAGAUGGGAUAUUAAAACACAAUAUAAAGUACCUGAUCAAUUGAAAAAAAUUACUCAAACUUGUGAUGUUAGAAGUAUGAUUGUAGUUAAACAUAGAUUAAGAGUUGCAAUUCAAUUAAGAAAUAAAGAAGGUCAUGUAAGUGAAUUAAGAGCAAAUUUACCAAUUUAUGUAUAUAUAAGCGCAAAUUCAGGUCAUGUUAUAGGCAGACAUUAUGAAGUUGAUAAUCAUCAUGGUACAUUUAUUUUAGAUAUGACAAAGGAAGAUUUAGUAUUUAAACGUCAUGAUGAAGAAGAAGAAGAAGAAGAAUCAGAUUUAGAUCGUGAAGAUUCUGCUCCUCCAUUAUAUUCUAAACAUAUAUUUGAUAGAAUUUAUGAUAUGAAUUUACCACAAACACCAUUAGAACAAUUUAGAUCACAAGUUGGAUCACCAGUAUAUUCAAAUAAUUCCUCAUCAUUAAAUGUAGCUGGAUAUUUUGAGUUACCUAUAGAUAAAGCAUUAGAAGAAAAUAUGAAAAAACAUAAAGCAAGAUCAUCAAAUGUAGAUUAUUUACAUAUUCCAUCAUAUAAUGAAGCUUUAGAUGCAGAUGAAGAUGAAGAAAGUUUUACACAAGAUGAUUUUGCACCAUGUUAUUCAGGAUCUGAUUCAAGUAGUUUAUCUUCUACAAAUCCAAUUAAAAUUAAUAAACCUAAAAAUAAUAAUACUGGUCAUUUUAAAUUUCAUUUAAAAAGUUCUUCAUUACCACAUUCAAGAUCAAAUUCAGCAAUGAAUAUAGAUAGAUUGCCCGAUUCAGUAUCACCAAAACCAAAGAAAUUCUUUAGUAAGAAGUAA